AUGAGAAACCAAACUGUAACAACCUUCAUCCUGCUGGGUCUGACAGAUGACAUUCGACUGCAAGUUCUGCUUUUCACCUUCCUGUUUCUUUCUUACAUGUUGAGUUUAUCUGGAAACCUCACCAUCAUCUCCCUCACCUUGAUUGAUCCACACCUCAAAACACCUAUGUAUAUUUUCCUCAAAAAUUUCUCCUUCUUAGAAAUUUCACUCACAACUGCUUGUAUUCCCAGAUUCCUGUAUAGCUUAUCAUCUGGGGACAAGUCCAUUACCUAUGUUGCUUGUGUCACCCAAUUGUUUUUUAUAGACCUCUUUGCAGGAACUGAGUUUUUCCUCCUGGCCACCAUGUCCUAUGAUCGCUAUGUGGCCAUCUGUAAACCACUGCAUUACACGACAAUCAUGAACAGCAGAGUCUGUAAGAACUUCAUCUUCCUGUGUUGGGUAGCGGCACUGAUCAUCAUUCUGCCACCAAUUAGUCUUGGCUUGGGUCUGGAAUUCUGUGACUCAAAUACCAUUGACCAUUUCUGCUGUGAUGCAGCUCCUCUCCUGAAAAUCUCCUGUUCAGACACGUGGUUGAUAGAACAGAUGGUGAUAGUGUGUGCUGUGCUGACGUUCAUCGUCACCUUCAUGUGUGUUGUGCUUUCCUACAUUUAUAUCAUCAGGACCGUUCUGAGAUUUCCCUCUGCCAAGCAAAAGAAAAAGGCCUUUUCCACCUGUUCUUCCCACAUGAUUGUUGUUUCCAUUACUUACGGCAGCUGCAUCUUCAUCUACGUCAAGCCCUCAGCCAAGGAUGAUGUAGCUAUUAAUAAAGGGAUCUCACUUCUUAUUAUUUCUGUUUCACCAAUGUUGAAUCCCUUUAUUUAUGCCCUGAGAAACAAGCAAGUGAAGCAAGCUUUCAAUUACUCGAUUAACAAAACUGCAUUUCUCUCAAAGAUGUAA